CGAGGAGUGGGAGGGGGUGGGGGGGAGGAGGGGGGAGGAGGAGGAGGAGAUCCGAGGAUACAACGGGAAGAACGGGAAGGUGAUCCGCUGGAGGCUGCAGGGAUAGCGUUAAAUCUGGUGUGUGGAGUUCAUCCUAACAAAAAGAAAAAUGGCUGGUUUGUCAUUGUAAACAGCCCGUGCGGUACCUGCAUUGCUGAAGAGGGGGGAAGCAGUAGAAGAGGGGGAGGAGGAGGAGGAGGAGGUGGUGCAGCAGCCGCUGGCGGAAAUGCUGCUUCUCCCAGGGGAAUUUACCUUCCUCCAGCUCACCCCCGGUCCACCGCGGAUCACCUCUGACAUCAUGCAUGUUGCACGUUAAGGUCUCCACAUCAUAUGAGCAUCACCAAUGCUUCAGCAGACCUCCAGCCAAAGGGAAGGCGCCCGUGUCGACCACGCGAUGUUCCCCAGAGGCUGAGCGGCACGACGAGACCCGCACGCAGAGAUCCGAACUGCACCCUUUAGCCUAAACGGUUCCACGCGGUCACCGCCAUGGCCGUCGCCGCGGCCAAGACGGCCGCCGGUUUUCUCUCCACGGUGGCCACGACCGGCGCCGUCCCCUUCCUCUCGACGAGCGAGAGCGCCGGAGACAACGUCACCUCGAGAGUGACACUGAUGACUGUUACCAUAACGACAAACGACACCGGCUUCAACGCCACGGCGUAUCCGGGGGCGGCCAUCGAGGGCUCGGGAUUUGGAAUGGUGCUCGUGCCCUUUGGCAUCAUCACUGUCAUUGGCUUGGCCGUGGCAAUUAUGCUGUACAUUCGGAAACGAAAGCGGCUGGAGAAGCUCAGGCAUCAGCUGAUGCCCAUGUACAACUUCGACCCGGCGGAAGAACAGGACGACCUGCUGGAACAGGAACUACUGGACCACGGCCGGGACGGCAGCCUCGCAGGCCCCAAUGCCAAGUUUUGACAAUGGCAUAAUGGUAAUGUGCACCAGACUCUCACGACCUCCCAGGGGACCACGCAGAGACCCAGCCGCCUGGUCUUCACAGACGUAGCCAAAGCUCUCAACGCUUAACGGCUCUCUUCCGAUUAGUUAAAAAAUCAUCCACAAGCAGACUGUCUCUGAGGGAGGAAAAAAAAAAAAAAAAAAAGGUACAAGUGGACUGGUUCUGGGAACAACUGGAGCUCUGGUGAGAAGUCUUCAUCUCUGCGACACAGUGGACGUGGUUUUCAAAAGAAAACAAAAGCAACGUAGGUUUACGUGUAUAAGGGAGAAUAACGGGAAGCAUCGUGUAUGAUGAUCUCGCACCGUUUUCAUUUGGAGCACAAAUGGAGUGUGAUGCACUUUUCUUGAUGGUAUGUUAUUGUCAUUGGUGUUAAAAUGUUUAGUAGCUUGUCGGGGAGGUUCUUUUGAGCUUCACUAUCUACUUCCAUGUUUGAUAAAAGAAAAAUGUCAAUUUAGUUUCGUCUCUGACAAGCUUGGAUGCGUUAUCAUCCUUAGGUAUUGUGUCCCUCACCAUUUGGUUUCUUCUUUGAGCAGUGAAGGAUGGCUUCCACCUAUAUACAUUCAAACCAAUUUGAUAGAAAGAAUUUUGUUGUACAAAUCUAUAACAAAAGAGUCAGCAGGUGUGAUAUUUUAUUAAAAAGCGAUAAAGCAGAAUAACACAAGUCACAUGGUAAAGAAUCACAACAAAAUAUAUAUAUCACAGGGUUGUGAGUUGUAUUAAUUAAGUGGAUGACGAUCAAUAACAUAACUACAAAAUUGUGUUAAAAGUAAGGCAUAGAAGUGGAUUUUUCAAGUUACACUUCAACUUUUCAAUAGUUGAAAGUGGAUCAAGUACUGCAUGUAACUAUAUCAGCAUCAGUAAGAUCACAGAACAACGUUGUCCCACUAUAGAGAGUAAAUAUCCAGACAGCCUGGGUGAAAUGAAACACAUUGACCAGGCUGAAGUUAUGCACCCCUCACGCUCCCUUCCAUCCGUUCAUCCAUUCAUCCAUUCAUUAUGGUGACACGAAUGUAGCGAGGCGAGAUCAGUGGACUACAACAAUGGCGCGACAGUUAUUUCAAGAUUUCAUGAUCCACAUCUCCUGCACGUCUGAUGGAAAAAAAAAGCAGAUAAAACUCAAACAUUUCCUCAGAUGUGUCCCAGGCAUGUUAGUUUUCAGAGGUAGACCAGAAGGCAAAACAAGUAAAGUCAACGCAGUUCAACAGCAAAAAACAACCAAAAAAAAAAAAACAUGUCUGCCUGUAAAUGAAUUAAGCUCCUCUGGCAGCAGCUUAGUCUACAAUGCUGAAAUGCAUGAAAGUACUGGGUCACCAGUGAUAGAAGAAUCGUGUUUUAGGAAAGGAAAGGGCUUGAUAUACGAAGAAAAUAAUUGGUGAUAUUCAGGUCAUGUCAUAAAAAUGUUUUUUUUUUUUUUUAAAUCCCUCUGACAAACGAUUGAUAUUCUGUUAUUUAUGCUAAAUUCAGUCACCACAGAUUCAAUAAUCGAUUCGUUUAAAUGACAUAACCAAAUUGUCCUAUUGCUGUAUCUAAUCUUUCUGAUUAAAAAGUGACCAAAAGUGAGAAAAUGUACGUUUUCUUUGGUAAUUUGGGUAAACUGACCCCCUAAAGCAAGACCAUGUAAAGAAGAAUAACAUAAUUAAAAAUUGUAAUAAGCAAUAAAACACACUAUCAUUUCAACAUGA